AGUUGCCGCGCGUCGCUAUAGGGAGGGAGGCCAGCCAGCCCUCAGGAGACACCACCAAGAAACUGCAGAGUUGCUCACAAUCUCGAGUUAGUUUCCUGCCAAUCUGGUCGACGGGAGGACGGGUGUCGCUCCCCCCCCGCCUGCGUGUGUAUGUGUGUAUGUGUCAGUGCCCGUGCCCACAGGUGUCCGUGCCCACAGGUGCCCACAGGUGCCCACGGCGGUGAAGCUAUCUGACGGAGGACAUGUGUAGGAGGGGCGCGCCCAGCUGCUCCUAGGGGACCCUAGCAUGCUGUGAGGACUUGUCCUGCAGGAGGUGCUCCACCGAGCAUGGAGAUGCGGGUGAUGCUGCAGGUGUGGAUGCUGGUGCCUGGGACCCGGGCCCGCAGGGUGCUGCUCCUCCUCCUGCUCAUCAGCCUCCUGCUCGCCUCCCAGAUCGUCACUCAUCACGCCCGUCCAGUGUCUGAAGUGGAGGUCAGCGAGCCGCCUGACCCGACCGUGGUGGAGCACCAGGCUGGCGGCGAGGCUGAGGGCGCUAAGACUCCCGCACCGUCGCCCACCCCUAACACUGACGACUGGAAGGCGAGCGGGAAGGAGGACCCGCGGAACGCCAUCCUGGAGGGACUGUCUCAGCUGCAGACCAAGGAGCUGCAGAAGGUGCAGCGCUUCCUGGACGCCACCAACAACCCCGCCGCCGUCCCCACCACCAGGAUAGAACACGCUCUCCAGACCCUCAAGGUUAGCAUGAUGGAGGAGGUGAGCGGACGCAAGUACUGGAGCAUCAUGGAGGCUGUUCAUAAUGCUCGGCCACUCUCCUCCCAGCCUCGUCCCAAGACGCUCAAGGUCGUGAUCGCCACCACCUGGCGCUCGGGCUCCACCUUCCUGGAGGAGCUGCUGGCCUCCCACUCGGCCGUCUACAACCACUACGAGCCUCUACUGCAGUUCGGCCUCCGUCAGAUCAGAGACGGACAAGAUGCUGUUGAAGCUCAAAAGAUCAUCCAUGACCUCCUGUCGUGCAGGUAUUCAGGACAUGAAGAAUACAUGAAGACAGCCCAGAACAUCAAGGAAAUGAUUUCCCGCAACGUCCAGUUGUGGAACACUUGCAGCAUCAAAGACUGGGGAGACGCCCUCUGUUUUAACGAAGUCUUCUUGACGGGGGCGUGUGAGCUCUUCCCCUGGGCCACCAUGAAGAUCGUCAGACUUCGUCUCAAGUUCUUGCGGCCAAUCCUGGAAGACAGCAAGUUAAACGCUCACAUAGUGUACCUGGUUAGGGACCCGAGGGGCGUCAUCAACUCCCGCACCGACACCGUUAAUUGGUGUAACACUCCCGACUGUAGCAACCCGGAGACCCUCUGUAGUGACAUGGAGGCCGACCUUACGGCGGCGCUACAGCUCCAGGAGGAAUUCCCUGGAAAGAUCUACAUCCUCAGGUAUGAAGACAUGUCCCUCAACCCGGCCAAUAAGACUCGUGAAUUACUAGAUUAUAUCGGCCUCGACUUUGAGCCUAAAAUGGAGGAGUUUCUUGACUCACAUACAACUAAAAACCUUGACAAGCCUUGGAGCACCUCGCGCGAGUCCAAGACCAGAGUGACCUACUGGGUCUCCAGACUCUCCUCCAUCAAGCUAAAAGCUGUGCAGGAGGCCUGUGGACCUGUGAUGAAACGUUUCGGCUAUCUGCCCAUUACUUCCAAGAAAAAUAUAACUGUAGAUAAAAUACUGGGCCCCAUGGCGUUGUAGCCAUGAUCAACGUGAUCAAAAACAGUGCAGCUCGCCAUUACACUAAUACUGGUAAUAUAUAUAAUGUGGGUCACUUUACUCGACGUUUGAAGUCACACGCAGACUAGUGUAUGAUCCGUUUUGUAUAGUUUGCCAUAAUAUUACACAUUGAAAGUGCAAUGUUU